CCUGGAAAUUUGAGUUGACUCCGUUGGGAGCACAACAGAUUCAAUGUCUCGCCGUUAGACUCUCUAAAUUUCUAGCUCAUAGAUUGUUUUUUGUCCCCGUGCUGUUUAGAAUGGAGAAAAAGGUGCUCCUCGACCCUGGCUCGCACAGCAUCGACGACGUGCUCGUCCACUUCGAGGCCUACAAGAGGACCCGUCGCCAGGAGCAGCGGGAGUUCGAGCAGCAGCUGAAGAACUUGAGCUUGAAUGCUAACUGCGAAGAGCUCAACGCGGACAUGGAGGUCCUGCGGGCGGGGUUGCACAAGCUGCACAAGCAACAGGAGCGCCUGCAGCAGCUAUGGGAGCUCAACGCCAUUGAUCCGGCCCCUUUGGAGGCAGAAGUUUGUGAGCCUCAAAAAGAAGACCCAGACGAGAAGCCGGACCAGCUGGAAGUCGCCAACGGGGAGAGCCAGUGCGUCUAUCACAACUGCCAGCGGCGCAUCGAUAACCAGCUGUUGCUGCUACACUACCUAUGCGACCACAACCAGGCGGACUCCUAUUGCCUGUCGGUGCUGGAGGGCGAGCGGGCGGUGCUCUCCUUCCAGCCGCAGAGCUGUGUCUCGCGGGUCAACAAAGUGCUGGGCCUGCUGGCCUACGGUGGCCAGUUGGAGCAACAGCUCGGAGUGACUCAGGGUCGGCGGAAAUUCUACAACGCCUUCCUGCCCGACCAGCACACGCACCUGGAGACCCACAUCCCGGUCGUGGUGCUCAUCUGCCAAACAGCGGCGCUUUCGGUUCUGGAAAGCAAGAAAUUCGAGCUGCCGGAUAGCCAGAGGGAUACGAUCUUCGUCAUCUGGCUGGUGACGCCUAGUGACUGUCAUCGGCUCAAUGCCACGCUCAGCCUGUGCGGCAGAGACGCCGCUGCCCGCACCGGCACCGUGAUAGGUGUUCGCCAGGUUAAUGACUGCCAGGACACCGCUUGCUUUGUUACCGUGGACGCGAACUACUGGCGGCUGACGUACACCGAAAUGGAGCGGCUCUCGAACCAAUUCCGCGACGAGCUGCACCUGGAGAUCGGGCUCACGGAGCCAAAGAACUAAUAUCCCUACUUUUCUGAUUCUAAUUCCCCCUACUCACACUCGCGUUGUCCUGCAGCGCCUUGCACUUGGCCUGCUCCGUCGGAUCGGUCAGCUCCGCGAUUCGUUUGUCCAGCAACUGAAAAUAAAAU